AUGAUCUCUAUUGGAUCCCUUCGAAGAAUUACUACAGCUAGGGCUAGAGGUGUAGGGCAUAUUAGUGGUGCAACCUCUGUUGUCCUUUUAUCCACUCUUGUCUCAUCUCAACAUAUAGGUGGUGAGGUUGGAGCAGCCCCCACGUAUCAAUUGUACCAUUGCCCCAUCAUAUCCAACAAAGCAUUCCUAGAUUCUGUUCCUAGUACUCCUCUACUUACAGAAGGAGCAGGACUACCCGCUGUUGGAGAGAACAAGCUGCCUCUUAAGUUGAAGGAUCCAGGAAGUUUCAUCAUGCCUUUCAAUAUUGGAGAAUCCUAUUAUGCUAAGGCUUUGUGUGAUUUGGGACCAAGUAUCAACUUAACGCCUACCUCUGUGUCUAGACGAUUAGGUAUCUGUAAGGCCAGACCAACGAUAAUUACACUCCAAUUGACGGAUCUAUCUUUGGCAUACCCAGAAGGAAAGAUCGAGGAUGUCUUGGUACGUGUAGAUACAUUCAUAUUUCCUAUUGACUUUAUUAUCUUUGAUUUUGAAGCAGAUAAGGAAGUACCAAUCAUCCUAGAAAGGCCUUUCCUAGAAGCCAGCAGGACGAGAAUCGAUGUACAAAAAGGCGAACUCAUCAUGCAAGUUCAAGAUGAACAAGUGACCUUUAAUGUACUCAAGGCCCUAAGAUAUCCUGAUGAGGUUAAAGAUUGUUUUACUAUCUCCGAGGAAGAUCCUUUGGUUUCUGCAAAAUUAGAAUACAAUGAUCAAUUAGAAGAUAUUUCAUCUGUCUCUUCACAUUAA